AUGGGUUCUUAUCAACCAGAAACGACUGUCGCCAUCAUAGGCGGAGGCCCGGCCGGUUUGGCCGCAGCAAUUGCUUUGUCCAACUUACCCUAUCUUUCUGUCACCGUUUAUGAGCGCAAUCCAGAGCCUCGAGAGGUUGGAGCAGGCCUGAGUUUGAGUUACAAUGCUUGGAAGGUACUUGAUCUGCUCGGGGCUGCCGACGGAGUGAAAGGAUCAUCCAAGCACGAUACGCGGCAUAGAAAUGGUCACAAUGGCGAAUUAGUCCUAUUUCAACCAUGGCCAGAGAAUGCCAACUUGGACAAGCGGGGUUCCAUAAGGGCUCGCAGAAUUCGGCUUCAAGCUGGCCUUCUUGCCAAAGUGCCUGAAGGGACCAUCCGGUAUGGGAAGAAGCUGAUAUCUGCCAAAGACGCCGGAGAUAGCGGCGUACGUUUGUCGUUUGAAGAUGGCACAGAGACUCUUGCAGAUCUUGUUGUUGGAGCUGAUGGUAUACGAUCUAUUGUGCGGAAAACACUGUAUCCGGAUCUCAAAAUCCACUUCACAGGAAACACUGUUUGGCGCACGCUCGUUCCCAGGGCUACCCUUGCACAUAUUCCCGAUAUCUCAAACGGAACAUCAUGGUGGUAUGUCAAAGGUGGCCAUGUCUUUCUUUCAGGGGUUGAUGAUCCUUCCGAAAUCGAAGCUGGAGGAGAAGAUCUGUUCGAGCUUUCCGUAAGAUCUUACCAUGAACCUGAUGUUCCAGGAAGGACAGUGUCGUGGGGAAUUCCAGCGACGAAUGAGAGAGUUCAAGCGAGAUUUGUGCAUUAUGACCAAAGGGUUCGAGAUGCCAUUGCAACAGUUCCUGAAGGUUCAUGGAAAGAGUUCGCGGGCUUCGCAGGUCCAGGCCCAGAAAAGAUCACCGGAUGGGAUAAAUUAGUCCUCAUAGGGGAUGCCAGUCAUCCACUUCACGGAGCAUUUGGUUCAGGAGCAACUUUUGGGAUGGAAGAUGGUUGGAUUCUAGCACAAGCGAUUGAACUUGAGCACAACCGGUCAUCGGAAAAUGUCAUCGUACCAGCUCUGCAGGUUUUUGAGGAGAUUCGGCUCCCCUAUUACCAGAAGAUGUAUGCCUAUCUCAACGACCAAUUGGGAAGGGUGAACAAAGCUGGAGACCAGACUAUUGAAGAAGUGCUUGAAGCUAGAUUCAAGACAUUGGGUAUCAACCAGGAGGAUAAGCUGGCCUGGAUUUACAAACACGACAUCGGGAAAGUUUGGUCUGAUUAUCUGAAAGGCGUAAAAGAAGCACUAGAUUGA